AUGGCAACAGCUGCAUUUCUGUCCCGCAAGUACAAGGAAGCCAAAUGUGGGGUUGCUGAAAGCACCGAAGCAUUCAACAAAUUGAAUGGCUCGGCCAAUCCUGUCAUAGUGGACCGGUGGGAAUCCCAAGAGGCGCAAGCUCAAGCAUCGCAUAUUACCGACCCUGUGGCGCUUGAUAUAUAUGAAGUGCAGUUACAAAAGGCACGAUCUAGGAAGGAUAUUGAGCUGGAUUUGCUGGAGACCUCUGUCUGGCGGCCUGGGGUCAGACCUCAAAUAGGAUCAGCCACAUGGCUUGCCUCUGGUAUCACUAUUGAAGAAAUGCAACUUGCACUGGCCAUGGAUCUGCGCAGAAUGGGCCGGCAUCCCACCGAAAUGCAAGCACUUGAUAUCAGCCAAUGUAGGGUUUGGCUGCAACAGUCUAUCGACGAAUUCACUGCCGGUACAUAG